AUGGGAGGCCUUUCUGUCUUUCCCUCACCCAUCCCUUUGGGUCUCAGCCUUCGAAGCCCAAAGCGGACACACGGUACGAAAGGAGGAGCACUGCCCUCUGAAUCGGCGCUUGCAGAAUUAGGACUCCAGGUGGCGCAACGUCUCAAGAAACAGAUGGGCAGAGGCUGUUGUGGGCACAGUCUCCAGGGCAUCGCCCACACCACCCGCCUUCAACGCAGAGACUCAGGGAAGUGUCCUGCCUGCUGCUGCUGGGCUCCGCUUUCGGGGGCUCAGCCUUCUGCUGCCUUAAUCCCCGUCCCUCAUUCCUCAAUCGCUGCCACUGGGCAGCUGUGA